UUCUUAAUAAGCAUAAAAAUGAUGCUCAAGCUGUUGCACUGUCAGAGAGGAAUCUGGAGUCGGUGCAGACUUGGUUGAAUGCCAACGAACUGUUCAUCAACAAAGCCAAAACCACAACAGUUACUUUUAGGCUCAAAAAGGGAUCAGCAACAAAUGAUACUGAUUACCAUCCGUUGGAGAAUGUGACAUUGCCGGACAACAGACAGCGACCCUAUGGAUCGCCGACGGUCGCUUGGAAUCCGUGGAAUGAUUUGCGCGAAAGGGACGACAUUGCCAAACUCAAACUGCUCUUUCCGUUUCAACCAAUGCCAGUGGAUUGGAUGAAACGCAUAAUCCAGAGUUACAACGCGGCAGUUACUUACAUUGACGAGUUAGUUGGUGAACUGCUGCUGACACUUGAAAACGAAGGAUUAGAUAAUAAUACAAUUGUCGCACUGAUUGGAGAUCAUGGCUGGUCACUUGGAGAGCAUGGAGAAUGGUCUAAGUUCAGUAAUUAUGAGGUGGCCACACGAGUUCCAUUCAUACUUAAGGUGCCUCAACUUCAACAAAAAGGGAAACAUCUGAAUCAGGAACAAAAAGAUCAGAAUCUAUGGAUUCAGAAACGUAAGAGUGAACAAGGUCUACACACUGGACAGAAGAAACUAGAACAACUGAAUCAGGAACAAAAAGAUCAGGAUCUAUGGAUUCAGAAACGGAAGAGUGAAGAAGGUCUACUCACUGGACAGAAGAAACUGGAACAACAGAAACAGGAACAAAAAGAUCAGGAUCUAUGGAUUCAGAAACGGAAGAGUGAACAAGGUCUACUCACUGGACAGAAGAAACUGGAACAACAGUCUAAGGAGCAAGAGAAAAAGUGGCGCGUGCGCAAUGAGCUAGUGGAAUUGGUGGAUUUGUUUCCAACCCUGGUGGAGCUGGCUGGGUUCGAUCCAUUGGAGAAGUGUUCAACUGGUGAAAAGCAGCAAUUGCUCUGCACUGAGGGAAACAGUUUGGUGCCUCUCUUGCUUCAGGAGAACAGUGUCAAUCCGACGACAGCAAAGUGGAAACGAGCAGCAUUCAGCCAGUACCCGCGUCCCAGCCUCUACCCUACGCUUAAACCGAACAGCGACCGGCCUCGAUUAUCCGAAAUUGCCGUCAUGGGCUACACAAUGCGCACCGACCGCUAUCGCUACACCGAAUGGGUGCGUUUCAAGCCGAACGGCUCUAUUCUCAGCACAAUCUCGAAUCGGUACUCUAUUCAUGAAAAUAUAUCAAAUGGUUCCUCUUCCUCUAUUCAUGAAAAUACAUCUAAUGGUUCCUCUGAUCCUGAAGUGGUGUCCUCUAUUCAUGAAAAGACAUCUAUUGGUUCCUCUGAUCCUGAAGUGGUGUCCUCUAUUCAUGAAAAUACAUCUAAUGGUUUCUCUUAUCCUGAAGUGGUGUCCUUUAUUCAUGAAAAGACAUCUAAUAGUUCCUCUUCUCCUGAAAUGGUGAAUGAGUCCUCAGCUCCUGAAGUGGCAUCUAAUGGUUCUUCUUUUUCUGAAGUUACCCCUGAUUGGCCCUCAGCUUCUCAAGUCACUCCUGAUUGGUCCUCAACUCCUCAGGUUACUCCUGAUUGGUCCACUGUUCGCCAAGUCUCUCCUGAUUGGUUUUCAGCUCAUCAAGUGCCUUCUGAUUGGUCCAUUGCUUCUAAGAUGAGCUCUGAUUGGUUCUCUACUCCUGAGAUGAGCUCUGAUUGGUCCUCUGCUCCUGAGAUGAGCCCUGAUUGGUCCUCUACUCCUGAGAUGAGCUCUGAUUGGUCCUCUGCUCCUGAGAUGAGCCCUGAUUGGUCCUCUGCUCCUGAGAUGAGCCCUGAUUGGUCCUCUACUCCUGAGAUGAGCUCUGAUUGGUCCUCUGCUGCCAAACUGGGCCCUGAUUGGUCAGUGGUGUACGCUUGUGAGUUGUAUGACCACGCAAUUGACAGUGAGGAGAGUAUUAAUUUGGCUGACAGACCUCAGCUGGCUGCAUUGAGGCGUCAGUUGAGUGAGCAGUUGAGGCGCGGUUGGAGAGGAAGUCAGUGAAAGAGAGAUAUAUGCAGACUGAUAAUGAAAGAGAAAGACAGAGUGAUGAUGGUGAGGCACGACUAGAGAGGCGGUUCGUCUACUCGGUCAGAGAGGAUUAGUUUAGAAGAAGGAGAGGGUAAAGGAUAAAAGAGAGAGAGAGAUACUGGCCCAUAAUGAGAGAGAACGACAGAGAGAAGAAAAGAUAGAGAUUGAUUGAUUGAGUACUUUAAGUAAAUAAAUAAAUAAUAAUAAAUAAAUGUUUAUUUCUCCAAAAAACUAAAACUACAACAUCAAUUGAUUAUAUUUCUACAUUAUUAAAAAACGAUCUGGAAACUUUGCGGAGGUGGUGGAGAAUAGCGCUAUCUGCUUUGUCGAAUGAUAGACAAGGAUAGCAACAACAAUAUGUUAAUCAAAUACUGCCAUAAUAACGUGGACCUCACUAUAGUCGAGGCUACGCUCGUUAAUAAAGAAUGGAAUGGAGCCAUAGAGGAAAGAUAGCAUUAGAGCGUUAGAAAGAUAUCUCAAAGUAUAGGGCGUCAAAUGUCAUUGUUAACUAACAUUGUAAAAUAACAUUGGUGACAUGGGGUCUACCUCAAGGGACUGUAUUGGGACCAGUUUUAUUUUUGAUCUAUGUUAAUAACCUGCCUAGUGUACUGGACUCAGUUGGGUAUAAGACAAUUUGU